GAUCAGGUGGAGUCGGGAGGCGGUGCAGGGGAGGGAGGAAGGGGCGCGGUCCGGGAGCGAGCGCGGAGCCGCGACGCCCGGGGCGCACUCCCUCGGUGGCCGCUCCUCCGCACGUCCGUUCCCGGGGCCGUGCUCCAGGUUAGUGUGAUCUCGACUCAAGACAAAGGUGGAAUAUCAUGGCAUCUAUCUGGGUUGGACACCGAGGAACAGUGAGAGAUUAUCCCGGCUUUAGCGCAUCAGUGGAUGCUGAAGCGAUUCGUAAGGCAAUCAGAGGAAUUGGAACCGAUGAGAAAACGCUCAUCAGCAUUCUGACUGAGAGGUCGAAUGCACAGCGGCAGCUGAUUGCUAAGGAAUAUCAAGCAGCAUAUGGGAAGGAACUGAAAGAUGAUUUGAAGGGUGAUCUCUCUGGCCACUUCGAGCGUCUCAUGGUGGCCCUUGUGACCCCACCAGCAGUGUUUGAUGCGAAACAGCUGAAGAAAUCCAUGAAGGGCACAGGAACAAAUGAAGAUACACUGAUUGAAAUCUUAACCACCAGGACAAGCAAGCAGAUGAAGGAGAUCGGCCAAGCCUACUAUACGGUGUAUAAGAAGAGUCUCGGAGAUGAGAUUAGUUCUGAAACAUCUGGUGACUUCCGGAAAGCUCUGUUGAUUUUGGCACAUGGCAGAAGAGAUGAGAGUCUGAAAGUGGAUGAGCAGCUGGCCAAAAAGGAUGCCCAGAUUCUCUACAGUGCUGGUGAGAACAGAUGGGGCACGGAUGAGGAUACAUUCACCGAUAUCCUGUGUUUAAGGAGCUUUCCUCAACUGAAACUGACCUUUGAUGAAUACAGAAAUAUUAGCCAGAAGGACAUUGAGGACAGCAUAAAAGGAGAAUUGUCUGGACAUUUUGAAGAUUUACUGCUGGCCAUAGUUCAUUGUGCAAGGAACACGCCUGCCUUUUUAGCUAAAAGACUGCACCAAGCUUUGAAGGGUGCCGGGACCGAUGAGUUUACCCUGAACCGAAUAAUGGUUUCCAGAUCAGAAAUUGACCUUUUGGACAUUCGAGAAGAGUUUAAGAAGCAAUAUGGCUAUUCCCUACAUUCAGCAAUUAAAUCGGAUACUUCUGGAGACUAUGAAAUCACACUCAUAAAGAUCUGUGGAGGAGAUGAUUGAGUCAAGAACAUCAUCUCCACAGGCUGCCUGCUCCCAUGACGGGCUUUUCCCACUGUUCUGCUUACUUCUUUCUCCCAGUAUUUACAAGUACAAGCAAGUGUCAAGAGUAACCUGUUUUCCUAACAGAAAUUCUCAUUGUUCCAUAAUAACAACAACAGCAAAAAGUGGUUAUUAUCGUAGAGUAUCUCAUCAUAAUGUGGCCAUUUAUAAAUGAAAUUUUUAAUGAUAGAAAGGAUCUGCUAAUACUAUCCAAAUUAUAUUUCUGCUUUGGAAGUAAGACUCUUUGUACAGUUCUAAAACAGUAAGUGCAAAACAGUGUAAUAAAAGUUGUUCCAUACAUAAAAGGUAA